UCCUCCACUUACAGGAGUGGGCCAUUACUAAGCUGAUUGGCGCCCUCCUCUAGCUCCGCACUCCCGAUAUCCGCGAUGUUGAAUUUUAUUCCUCCCGUGUAUACCGCAUUCCGUGACUUCUCAUGGCGAGUACAUUCCGUUUCGUGCCAGGGUAGCGUGCGCAGUCAGUACGGCAUCAGGUCAGACAUGCAUUCUAUCGUAUCAUCCGAGGACGGUCAUUGGAGCCAAUUGAUUGGUCCGUACAACGAGAACCAUGCUCGAUUCCCCAGUACGACGUUUCAAUCAAAUCCACAAAGACCGCGGAUUGCACACCAAAGUAGAACAUCCCGCAUAGAUUGCGCACAAGAACAAGUCCCACUAAAUUGUGGAUAGUGCUGUUGAUUGCAUUACAGUGAGCCUUCAGGUGAUAGGGUUGUGUUGAAAGAUGCAGAGGUGAGUC